AUGAAGUGGGAUCGUCAGGGAGCUGGAAUGCCAGGCCAGUUGAACCAGACGGCGCGUGGUAUUCGCACUUCUAUGGUGGCCCACUCGCGAGUACCGGCUAGCAAUGCUACUGGGUUACGGUAUAUGGCACUCCGGGAUUCAUUUCGCGGUCUUCGCUCAAAGGUCCCAUCGGCUCCUACGCUUUUUGUGAAAAAGAAAAAGAAGAAGACGUUGAAGGACGUAUUGCAUUUGAAACAGAUGAAAACCACGAUCACCGACACGGCCAAGGAGUAUUGGCGCCUCGCGACGGAUUGGCGAUUCUCGGCCUAUCUCUUCUCGAUUUUUCUACUCUACAUGUUCUACGACAUUCCAUACGUCAACUUCCCCGAGUUUGUUGAUGAACAUCUUGGAGUACCAUUGAGCCAGGCUUCAAGUCUCGUUGCCGGUAUCGGAGGGUUCAACCUGAUUUCAAUGUUUUUCUGCGGGUUUUUGAGUGAUCGGGGAUGGAUUAAGGAGCAUCUAUUCCUUGUUUACGGUGUGAUGAUUUCGUUGUGCGGUGUGUGCCUUCUGCUGUCGACGAUCGCUCAGGACUAUCGGUUUAUGCUGGCCAUUUCUUGGCUAUACGGCUUCUUCAUCGCUUCCAACUACGUGCUCGGAUCCGUGUUGCUCUGUGAGCUGAUGUUUGUCUCAGAUUUCCAGAAUGGAUACGGAUUUUUGUCGAUGACCCAGGGUAUCGGGAAUCUCAUUGGACCGGCGUUAGUCGGUUGGGUUCGUGAUGCUACCAACAGCUACCAAGUGAUGUUCAUCGUCGGUGCGGUCGGGAUGAUAAUUUCGGGGAUCAUCUGCAUCGGAAUCCACGUCUCCUGGGAGGAUGAGGAUGAGGAGACGGAAAAUAGUCGCAAGCCCUCGAAGAAACUUUCCAACUCCAAUGUCCACAACGCUGAGGAAGGCAAACUCGACGAAAAACCGAGAAAUGGAAUCCUUUUGAGCCCA